CGGGUUCAAUUCUCAGUCACAAACUGUGUCUCCCUCCCACUUGUUUCAACUUGAAUCAAAAACCCUUGUUUCCGGAUGGGGGGAGGAAGCGGCGUAUUUGCAGAAGAGGAGUGAGAAACGGCCCAUGCUCCUCCCUCUCUCGGUAUGUUUCUCUCUCUCUCUCUCUCUAAAAUAUAUUGUAACCCUUCAAGAUCUCUCUCUCUACCAGCUCCACUGUUUCCUUUCCUUUACCAGUCACAAAUCUCUCUCUCCAUCUUCAAUGGUGUUUCUAUAGCGUCUUCGAAGUAAUGGCUUUGGCAAAACUCCAGGCACUCUCUCUCUUGAAACCCCACUAUGUAUUUUCCCUUCUCAUUCCUUUUCCUUCUUUCUCUUCUUCCUUUGAACUCUAUUCCACAAAAACCUCUCUUCUUACUUCGUCUCUUUCUCUCACUGGAGAUGGACUCCUCUUAAGUGCUUUUCCUUCUUCUUCUUCUUCUUCUUCGAUUGUUAAUCUUCUAGUGGACUCACUUGGCCUCUCUAAAGAAUCAGCCUUGGCCGUUGCCUCUUCUUCCCGGUUGGGCCUCAACAAACCCACCAAAAAUCCGAUAUGUGUGCUAAAAUUCCUCAAAGACUCUGGUUUUCAUGAUGCCCAUAUCUGUUCCAUUGUAACGAAGAGCCCCAAGAUUCUGGUGGCCAGUGUUGAGAAAACCCUAAAACCCAAGUUUGAAAUGCUUGAAGAUUUGGGUGUCUCUGGUCCUGAUCUCGGGGAGUUUCUAUCUCCACGUGCAUUCAUGGUCUAUUACAGUGCAGAGAAGAGGAUCGCCCCAAUCAUCGAAUUCCUCAAAAGCUAUUUGAAAACCAAUGAAAAUGUUCUUAGAGUUCUGAGAAGUAAUUGGGUACUUUCAUUUCGCAUUGAGGAAAGAAUCCUACCCAAUAUGAGGUGCAUAGAGAGCUAUGGAGUUGGUCCCUCACAACUGCAACAAUUGGCAAUCGUCCAUCCUAGGUUGCUUUCUCAAAACCCCAAAAGAACUAAGGAAAAUUGUGAGAAAAUUAUAGAGAUGGGCUUUAAUCCGAAAUCUUUGAUGUUUGCUCAUGCUCUUCAUGCAUUCAGCUCGAUGAAUAACGAGAAAUGGCAGGCAAAAGUUGACAUUUUUAAGAGUUUUGGGUGCUCGCAAGAUCAUGUAUUUUCAAUAUUUCGGAGGGCACCUUAUACAAUGUGUCUCUCGGUGAAGAAGUUGAAGGAAACAAUGGGGUAUUUUGUUAAGAAACAAGAGGAUGUUUUGUUCAAUUUGAUUAUGAAUCCACAAAUUCUUGGUUUUAGCUUGGGGGGAAGGGUGAUACCUAGGAACAAUGUUUUGCAAGCUUUGAGAUUGAAGAAGUUGCUCAAGAAGGAUGUGAAAUUAUCAUCAGUUUGUUUGUUGUCGGAGAGGAGAUUCUUGCAAAAAUUUGUGGGGUGUUUUGGAGAAGAGGCAGAUUACUUGCGCCGGAUCUAUGAAGAAAGCAAGGGCAACCCAGAAAUGAUUCUAUGAUCAUGGGUUCCAUGGAGGCUUCCUUGCUUUUUGAUUGUUGAAUCAAAGGUUUUCUAUCUUCCUCAUAACCUUUUUUGGAACUAUAAAAUUGAGACCUUUGUUUUCAUGAUUUUUGCUUUUGAAUGGUCCUCCUCUGUUUUUCCAUUUUAUGAAUACUGGUUGAAUAGCCUUUAACCUAUUGUCUGUUGUAAAAUCAGCUGAUUCUACUUUUGUUUCUUUGAUAUCCAUUGCCUCUAGUGGUUGUCCAAGAUAUCGUAUGCAGCACUCGUGUAACAAUUUUGGAAUAAUGAGUUGAAAUGUUCAAUUUCAUGUCUGUUAUGCCAAAA